CUUGCCAAGCAAAAUCUCGUCGCGUGUUGACGUCGCGAUCGACGAUCGUGUGUAAUUUCGACGAAUUUCAGUUUUCCGUCACAUACGAGGGAGAAAAAAACUCCGAUCUCUACGUCGGAAUCGCCGCGAUCCCGAUUCGAAUAGAAACGCGAAAAUAAUUGUUCGAGAUUCGUGUCGUCGACUAAAAUUAUACCGGUUUCGAUUUUUUCGAGGAAAAAGAGAGAGAGAGAGAGGCAAGUGUUCGCGAUUCGAUCUUUCGGCGACCGCGAUAUAAGAUUUAAAGAAACGAUCUAAAUAGUGAGUUCCCUGACAGAUUUCGUUAUCGUGAUACGCGAACGGCAAUCGAUUGGCCGAUUUAUUCUUAAUCUCGGUCGAGAGCAGGCGACGGACGCCAUUGGACGUCCAAAUUCCUCUUGGGAUAGAGAAAAAAAAUAAUGCGCAUCUCGCGAAAGAUGCGAGCGAGGAGUCGGCGCCUCCAGGGGUGACGUUUGUUUCCGCAGGAGCGAGAUAUUCGAAAAAAAAAAUUGGAAUUUCUCCGAGAUGCACGUUCACCGUGUGAUAGCCGCACGGCCAUUUUGUCGCUUACAAUACUGACCAAAAGACUCUAUACAACAUGCCACCAGAUAGGCCAGAUGCAUCAGGUAUUGAAACUGACAUAGAACUGAACUCUACUCAGGAUUAUAAUUUUGGAGAAACAGCUUACACAAUGAAUGAUAAGGAGAAGGAAAACGCCAGUGUGCUGGCUGAUUCAAAUUCAACCAACAAAUGUCAGAGCGAAAUUCCUAGAUGUGAAAAAACUGAAAAAAACAUCGAAAAAAAUAAUCAGUCAGAUGAUGAUUUAACAUCUCUUAGUUGGCUGCAUCAACAAAAUUUACUUAAGGGUUUAGACAUUUCAAACCCAUCCAAAGACAUGAAGCACGAAAAUAUGCUAAAUAACAAUAUCUGCGACGAUAUGGCAGAUUUUUCCGAAAACACAAAUUCUAUAUCAAGCUUAGAUGAUAGUUUCUGUCCAGAGAGUAAUGGAAAAACUAAUGCUGUAACGCUGAGUGGAAGUGGACAAAACUAUCAACACUCUACCAAGAAUUGUCAAAAAUCGAUGCAAGUAUAUCAGGAAUCUGCGAAAAGUCACUGCAAUACUUCGCCAAGUAAUCAAACGAAGAUUUCUUUGAGCAACAAUAAUUUGCCAAUGUCUAAUCGCAACAAGCAUCCUACCCAUAUACCAUAUGAUCCUCAUUUACACAGAAAUAGUAAACCGCCGUAUUCAUUUUCCUGCCUUAUAUUUAUGGCCAUUGAAGAUAGUCCUGUAAAGGCGCUACCUGUCAAGGAAGUUUACGCUUGGAUACUGGAUCACUUUCCAUACUUUAGGAACGCUCCUACCGGAUGGAAGAAUUCCGUCAGACACAAUCUCAGCCUUAACAAGUGCUUUCGAAAAGUGGAGAAAGCUCCGCCUUCUAUUUUUCAGAAUUUAGGCAAGGGAUCGUUGUGGAUGGUAGAUGCACAGUAUCGUCCGAAUCUGAUACAAGCGUUGUCUCGCGCUCCUUUCCCUCCACCAACGACUCAAAAUUUGUCUUCAUCGGAAAAGCCGCCUAGAAAAUGCGCAAAUACGCGUCUCCCGGAUCCGAUUCUCUUCCCAUAUUUAUCCAAAAGACUGGCGUCCAGCAAUAUCAGCGAUAGCGCAGAAACUGAGAUAGAUAGUGAUGUUGAUGCAGCAGCAGCCGCUAUGCUUUCUUUUAAACAUGGACCCAUCAUUUUAAAUCACAAUAAAGAUCGUAAACGAAAAUUACCGGAAUCCGAAAAGUUGGUGCCUGUGAUUACCAGGAGUUCCAGCGAAGACCAUACUUAUAGUUGUAUUACUUCGAUAAAAUUGGGAAGCAAAUAUUCGAGUGAAGAAGAACUGAAUUUAGAUUUUGAUGAACAGAGAAAAAUUGCGGAAGGUGCAGAUGCGCUUCUGAAUUUGGCCGGUGUUAGUACAGCGCUAAAUCACAAUAGAACACAGCAUCACACGGUAACACAAGACAUUAAUCCGGCACCAAAACCAGAAGGUAAUUCAAAACCAAAAAGACGUUCUGCUACGAGUGAUUACUCGAGCACUUCUGAGAAAAGGCGUAAAAGAUGGCGAGAAUGGGGAGAGGGAAAUCGAUAUCUAAAGCAGAUUAGGGGUUAACAUCAACAAAUUUUGUUACAUUUCUUAAAAUAUAUAGCAUCGAGAGCUUUCCAUUUCCAUUUGUGCGCGCGACAAGUGGAAACAUUCGAAAAUUCUAGUAACAAGUUUAGUAACAAAGGAAGCGCUUUCGUUUUAUAGUAUUGUCUGUAAAUUCUUCAUUUACCCACAUUUCUAAACGUGGCAACAAUUUUUAUGGAAAUCUCUUUGUGUGACUGAGUCGAUUUUCCUACAGAGUUGCGCAUAUAAAUUCUUCCAUAAUUUCUAGUUUUUGCUAGAAAGGAGAGGGUUGUUGAAUGCAUUUUGAAAUGAUUGGUGUGGUUGCUCAGGGUUUACAACAUGCUAUAUGCCAAAAUACAUUCGGUAGCACUAAACAACAAGCAAUAAUAGAGAUGUAGCGUUAAAGAGAUACUUUUUAAACACACUGUUGAAACAUGAUACGAUUGAAUAGCUUGUGAAAUAUCAAUGAAAGAAAUUAUUAUUACAUACUGGAGAAAAUAACGGUAAUCACAUUUUAAAACUGUUAUGAGACGAUUUUACAUAUUAAGUCAUAGAGAGUUUAAUUAAUGAUAAAGUCCUAUAUCAGUUUUUCUUUUUUGUAGAUAUGUAUAGAGGCGUAAUUA